UUUACAUGUCUCUGUCGGCAGAGGCAUGUAGUCUAGACAUACCCUAAGGUGCUGUAGGACCAUCCCAUUGUUUAAACUUCUCAGAAGGUUCAUUUAGCAUCCUGCUUGGAGAACCAUUGCCAGCACUCUGGCCAUGAUUAAGUGUGUGAGACAUGCCAAAACUGCUCCAUGAGAACACUGAUUAGUCUAUGAGCAAUGUCUGAUAGUAUAUAUUAUGUCUUGUGUACAAUUGGGACAGGAACACUUUCAUCACCACUUCUACAUGAAUUAGGGAGGAGCUGAAGAGAGACAGAGGGCAAAUAGGAGAAAAACAAAGACAGAUACUGAGAGAAGGUGAAACAAGAAGAGGAAAAGUGUUGGCGGGAAAAGGGAAAAAUUAUUGGGGGAUAGACAGAGACACAAUGGAAUCACUCUCCUGGCUUGGGUUCCAACUCCCAUCCUUCCAGAACAUCUUCACAACACUUGGCGUCGCUUUUGCUGUCUUUAUUUUUCUUUUCGAUCACUUGAAGCGCAGAAAAAGAUGGAACUACCCCCCAGGUCCUGUCUCCUUCCCCUUCUUUGGGAACUUGCUGCAGAUCAAUUUCAAGUGUCCUCACCUUACCCUAAUUACGCUCAGUAAGAAGUUUGGAAAGAUCUUCUCUUUUCAGGUUGGAUGGACAAACGUGGUUGUGCUGAAUGGGUUAGAAGUUGUAAAGGAAGCAUUGGUCCAGAAAUCAGAGGAUUUUGCUGAUCGACCCCCCUUUUCUUUAUUUGACCAUUUGGGCUUUAAAAAAACCUGCGAAGGGAUAAUGAUGGCAAGAUAUGGCCGUGGCUGGAAGGAGCAAAGGAGGUUCGCAUUCUCCACCUUGAGGAAUUUUGGGCUGGGGAAGAAAUCUCUGGAGCAGUGGGUGACCCAGGAAGCUGGAUGUCUAUGCUCUGCGUUCAGACAUAAAGAUGGCCAUCCUUUUGAUCCCCGCUGCCUCUUAAACAGUGCCGUAGGUAAUGUGAUGUGCUCCCUCACUUUUGGCAAACGCUUUGAGUACAACAAUGAGAAAUUCCUGAGGAUGCUACACCUCAUAGAGGAGGCUUUCAAUAUAGGAGCUGGAAUCUUGCCUCAGAUUCUGAACAUGAUGCCUUGGUUGAUACGUAUUCCUGGGCCUCAUAACAACGUCUUCCAGCCCUAUAUUGAGAGCUUUAAAAUACUAAGGGAGAUUGUGAAGGAGCACAAGGAAACACGGGACCCAGCCUUUACCAGAGACUUCAUUGAUGCUUUUCUAGAGGAGACAGAAAAGGCUAAAAUGGACCCAGAGAGCAGUUUCAAUGAGGACAACCUUAUCUUUACUGUUUUUGAUCUGUUUGGUGCUGCCACUGAAACAACCACUGUAACCCUGUGCUGGGCACUGCUGUACAUGCUUCUGUAUCCUGAUGUGCAAAGAAAAGUCCAUGAGGAAAUUGAUACGGUGAUUGGCAGGGAUAGGUCUCCUGAGAUAGAGGAUCGAGUGAACUUGCCUUACACCAAUGCUGUGAUCCAUGAAAUUCAGCGUUAUUGUGAUACGGUUUUUGCUGGAGUGCCUCGCACAACAUGCCGGGACACCGAAGUUCAAGGCUUUUUCAUCCCUAAGGGCACCAUCAUUAUCACGGCUUUGACCUUGGUGCUGAAGGAUGAAACGGUUUGGGAGAAGCCUCACCAGUUCUACCCAGAGCACUUCCUGGAUGCAGAUGGGCAGUUUGUGAAGCGAGAGGCCUUCUUGCCUUUCUCUGCAGGUCGCCGUAUGUGUCUGGGGGAGCAGCUGGCCAGGAAGGAGCUGUUUCUCUUCUUCACAACUCUCUUGCAGCAUUUCACUUUCCAAAUCCCAGAAGUUCACCCCAGGCCAAAGGAAGAUGGAACUUAUGUCCUCAUACAUUCUCCAGAGCCCUACAAGCUGUGUGCCAUCCCCAGAUAAAGUGUUCCAGACCUUGUGCUGCCAGAUCUGGACUGAUCUGAGAGAAAGCUUUCACAGGGGAGCCAGUUAGGAAAUGCUUCUUUUAGACUGAAAUAAUUGUACUUAAGUUUUUUGACGUUUGUAAAGAUUUUAUGGCAGAGCCUGAAUGGCACAUAAACUUUGGAUUCAAAAUGCCAACCAAA